AUGUUGGAACCCGAGGAAGACGCACCAUCCACCCUCACCACUAGCCUACAGGAUUUGGCGACCAUCUAUCCUGAGCUAGCGGAAUUAAUCAAGGUCACGGUAUAUAACUGGCUGACCGCCCUGCCGCGAAUCAUGCAGUCGGCCGAAGAAGAGAAGAAGCAGGCCGCGAUUCGUAACGUUCUGAAGGGCACCGAAUUGGUGUCACGUUUGCAACUGGCUUCUUCCACGCUCAGUGACGCCGUGUCUAUGGCCCUGCGAGACAGUGUGUCCUCCCUUCUGGCUGGCGACGGUCAGAAGCAGGCGGUUCAGUCUGUGUCGUCGAGCUUCGUCCCGCUUUCGGGGAAAGAUCUCACCCGGGCCGAUAGUACUGCAGUGGACUACAGCUUGAUAGUCCUGGGCCAUGAGAGUCAGAUAACCACAAGAUCUGAAUUGUUGAGGUUGAUCUCUAAAGUCGGAUCUGCGUCUCAACAAGUGAAGCUGUCGCUCGAUAUGCUGGACUACUCGCAAGAACUGACAGAUGCAGCCCAAGUCUCUUCCCUCUGGCUAUCCUUCGAGCUUGUCAAAGCUGCCUUCACUCGAACUUCUGACGUGGAUGAUUAUCUUGACCUGUCAUCGGUCACUACAGAAUCGGAAGAUCCCGAGACAGCCUUGCGCGAGCUUUAUGCCCUCUCUGUGUCACUCAUAGACGCUAGCAUGGAAAAUACAGAUGUCGAUUGGCGGCUUGAGGCCGUGGCGCUCGAGGUAGUGGCCUAUGCAGCAUCUCGCUCGAGGGAAGCAUUCCGACCCGAGCUCAUCGAUGUCUUAUACCCCAUUGCAGCUUUUCUGGGUUCAUCAACCCCCCAAAUUCGAGAUCACGCUAUGACAACCUUGAACAUCAUCGCGAGCUCUUGUGGUUACUCUAGUGUUUCAGAGCUCAUUAUAGAAAACGUUGACUACAUGCUCAUAUUUGCAGCGCUCGAUAAUUACACGGCUACCUGUCUUCGUCGAGAGUCUCUUUGCCGUUCUCAAGAAGUUGUUGAGCAGAGCCAACAAGAUGAAGAGGACAGCACGGUGCAGGGCCACCCUCCUCGACCUUGGGGCCCUGAAAAUGAGAAGCAGGAAGAAGAUGACGAAGCCGGCGGCGGCGAAGUCGAACAGGAGAAGCCCCCCAAGACACCAACGUACGUUCUUCUGGAGAAGGUAGCAAUACUGACACAGCACUAUCUGACCUCCCCGACCCCGACUCUCCGCAAGUCACUCCUCGACCUCCUCGUCACAGUCGCGCCGGCUCUCGCCGCCGACGAAGACUCUUUUCUGCCCCUCGUCAACACCAUCUGGCCCGUCGUAGUCGCCCGCCUGUAUGACGCCGAAUCUUUCAUCAUCAUCGCCGCAUGCGACACCCUCGCCAUCCUGUGUGCUACGGCGGGUGACUUCCUCGCGUCCCGCAUCAAGACGGAGUGGUCGGAUGCUCUCCACAAGUGGUGUCAAAAAAAGAAACAAGAGGCUCUCGACAACCAGUCUCGCCAGGGCCAGGUCCGCGGAAAGGCCGCCCUCCUCCACGAUGUCGCGCCCGUUCACAACGUCGUCGUACCGGCCCGUGCAGGUGGCACGCGUGAGAUGAAGACUGCAGCUACGAAAGAUAUCUCGCGGUGUUCGCCGUCCUCACGCGGCGGCCUCGGCCGCUUUGCGUCGGCGGCGCAGACGUGGGAGGCUGUGGUUCAGCUGCUCAUCGCCAUUGUGCGUCACGUGCGGAUCGAGGAUGAAGUUUACGACGGCGUGCUGGCGCUGCUGGCGGAUCGACUGGAGCACGACAACGAGGCACGCGAGGCGCUCGAGGUUGUCAAUGCUGACGCGGUUUGGUUCUGUCUCUAUGAAAGGGGAGCUGUGGAGAUCCUUCCCACGCCAGUGAUGGAGGGUGUGACUUUCCCUGACAUGGUUCAGUACGGCUCCCACGCCUGA